UAACACCUCCAAAUGACGUCAUUUAUGUUGACAGUGUCCGCCAUAUUGUCAGAAGUUGGACGUAGAUCAUUACAAAAUGUGUUGAUUUUACAAAAAAUCAGUCUCUUCUGUCGUUUGGUGUGAUUCAGACUGAUGGGAAAAACCGGCAGAUAGCAAACGUCUCCGAGACGCAACCAAACAUAUUGCAUGGGGAGUUUUAACGUUGUGCUGCUGAAUGGUCAGCUUUAAUCAGGCGCUCUUUACUGUUGGAGGAUAAUAUAUACAUAGCUUAGGAGUAGUUUUUCAACAUUGUGACAGCCUAUUAUUUCUGCAGUGUCAUAGACAAAUGUGACAUUUACUUGUACUUAAAAGUUCAUAGAAUAUUGGAUUUUAAGGCAGUGUGGCUCAAAAUCAUAGGCUACUGUUACUGUCUAGACAGCAGAUUUACUUCUAGGAUUGUGACAAGGUUGUGAAUUCAUUUUUUUCCUUCUUGUUCCUAUCAUUUACCAUUCCAUGUGACCAUAACAUCAAGAAGCUCAUUAUAAAUUCAUGCUCAAGGUCAGAGUUGAAUUGUUAGAAAUUUGAACUGGAUAUAUGUAUGUGUGUUUUACUGAAAACACUAACGAUUACAGAUAAGUGUAGACAGGAAGUUAAAUCUGGAGGUUAGUAACAUACAAUAUACAUGUUUAUCUUGUGACUAGACAUAAUUGUCUGCUGAUAAGCUACUGCGAACAGGAACUAUUUUGUUGGGGUUUAUUUUUUUAUCACUCUAUUGAUAAGCACUUCAGGGAUGACUUAGUUAUUGUGAAUUGUGAAAUUGCUGUAGAAAGUUACAACAUACGUUUCUUGGACUGAAGUCAAAACUGUGACAAUUACUGAUUUGGUUAGCAAAAUGAAUGGAGAAAGCCCCCCUGGGUUGGUCACAUGAUCACAAUGAAUAUGUUCUUUCAAGUUUUCUUCUCAAAGAGACUGAAAUAAGUGAGUUUGCAACAGUACUUCAGACGUCAGUGUUUCAGAGGUGUAUGAUUUCAGCAAGUAUGCAGGAACUUAUGAAUGGAGUUGAUCAGGAGCCGACCAGCAUGGAACAUAUAAAACGUUCCGAUGUGUUCCCGAAGAAGAUGCUGAUAUCUGAAGACAACAGCUUGCGUGUUCCAUUCCCGCUGCUGAGCGGGGAGAGCGCAGAAUAUCUAGGUCGAACAGCAGAUGGAACAGUUGUUGUGUCAAACUUCCGUUUGUUGAUUCGUUACAAGGAUUCCUUCAUCAAUGUGCCCCUUGGUCUGAUUGAAGCAGUUGAAAUGAGAGAUAUCUUCUACUUACAUAUCUACUGCAAGGAUGCUACAGUGGCCAGAUGUGCGUUUUCUACAAAUGAAGCAUGUCAGGACUGGCACAAGCGUCUACAGACCAAGAUUUCACCACGGCAAAAGAUUCAAGAUGUAUUUGCGUUUGCGUUCCAUGCCUGGUGUGUAGAUCACAAUGCUCUCACUGACCAGUGUAUACCUGAUCUAGGGUGUUACCAGCUCUGCCCACAAGGAAAUUACAAGGUUUAUAAUUUCACAAAAGAGGCAGAGAGAAUGAAGUUUGACUUGAAGGCAGCGUGGAGGUACACAGAGAUUAAUAAAGUUUUUGGGCUAUGUUCAUCCUACCCAUCAGAACACAUUGUACCAAAGGACAUAUCAGAUGAGAAUUUGAAGAAAGUUGCUGGAUUCCGAGCACUGCAGAGAUUUCCAUCUGUUGUUUGGAGAAACUGUAGAAAUGGUGCAGUGUUAGUGCGGUCCAGUCAACCAGAGAUGGGUUUCUUCGGUUGGAGGAAUACAGAUGAUGAGAACUUGCUUAAUGCCAUUCCUGUAGCAUGUUCUGAGAAUCCAGGUUCAAGAAAUAAACAUUCUGUAAGGGAAGACGGUAGUGGAUCAGAUCUCAGUUCAGAUGAUUCCUCGACCAUGGAUUCAGAGGAGAGUUUGGAGCCAAAGAAAAUGUUGAUUAUAGAUUGUAGAUCCUAUAGUGCUGCAUUUGCUAACAGAGCGAAGGGCGGGGGUAUGGAAUGUCCAGAGUACUACCAAAGUUGUGAAGUACAGUUUAUGAACCUGGCUAAUAUACAUGCUGUCAGGAAAAGUUUUCUUACCCUCAGAAAUCACUGUAACUCUGGUGUGGACCAGGCUAGUUGGUUAUCUGGACUGGAGAACACAAAGUGGCUUCACAACUUGGCCAGUCUACUGAAGGUGGCCAGCUUGGUUGUCAGUGUGAAUGAAAAAGAAGGGAGACCAGUCUUGGUGCAUUGUUCUGAUGGUUGGGAUAGAACUCCUCAGAUUAUCUCCCUUGCAGAACUAAUGUUAGAUCCAUACUAUCGCACUGUAGAGGGAUUUCAAGUAUUGGUUGAGAGAGAGUGGCUUCACUUUGGACAUAAGUUUGCUGACCGCUGUGGUAAUGGUAUUCACACUGAGGACCCUAACGAGAGAUGUCCUGUGUUCCUACAGUGGCUGGAGUGUGUUUAUCAACUUCUUGUGCAAUUUCCUUGCCAGUUUGAGUUCACUGAAGCUUUUCUUGUAAAAUUGGUGCAGCAUACCUAUUCCUGCUUAUUUGGAACAUUCCUAUGUAACACAGUCCAGGAUCGUAUUGAGGUAAAAUUGGACCAGUCCACUGCCUCUGUGUGGAAUCUACUCAGUGAUAAAAACUUCCAUAAUCAACUGUUUGCUCCUUCACCGGAACAUGAGGUGUUGUUUCCAGCAACACAUGUCCAAAGUUUGAGGUUAUGGACCUCUGUUUACCUGUCUAAUAACUCCUCAUUUGCUGGUCCUGAGGAAACAAGCAAUCAGAAUGGCCUUGCGAAUGAUGGCACAGAAACAACUGGCUUACAGAAAACACGUUCAUGUGAAAACUUGUUAAUGAAUAGCGACCUUAAUUCUAGUCUCAGUCGGAGAAAAAGUGAUCCAAAUAUUGCAAUGGAACAUUGCGAACAGCAAACUCAGAAACUGUUGAAGGACGCAAUGUCUGGAGAUACAAGCUGCUCGAGUGAGUCUGUGAAAAGUUCGGAAAAUGAUCGCUCUCUGAGUGAAAAUGGUGACAUCACUAUGAAAAAUUUGGAUAGCCCAUUAUGUAAUGGUGAAGUAUCUAUAAAUGGGAAUGGAUUUCAUGAUGAAGAAGUGGAUAGUAAAGUGUAUGAUAAAGUGGAAAAUGGUGAUACUGAUAAUAUUGAAAAUGGUGAUAAAAGUUUAAUUGCUGAAACUGGACAGCAAAAUGAAAGUGAAAAUUCAGUUAAAACUGAAGAUGAUUUAAUAGAAAAUGAUGUGAUUACAAAUGGUGAUGUAGGAAACGGUCAUGUUAAUGGUUUAAAUGGUGUUGGAAAUGAAGAAAGUGAAACAGUUGAUAGUAAUGAGACUAAAGAAUCUGAAAAAAUUAAAAACAUGACAGAAAAUAAUAGUGAAGACUGUAGAAAUGGCAAUGACAUUCAUGAAAUGAAUGGUCAUAGAGAAAAUCCAUGUGAUAGAAAUUAUAGUCCUGAUAAUUCUACUGAGGAAAGUAGUGAAAACUCUAUCGAGACAAUAUCAGAAAGUGAAGAAGUUUCUGAUAAUCUAGGAAAUGGUGCAAAUAAUUCUGUACUAAACGGACAUUCUGUAGAACAAGAUGAAAAUUCUAAACUGCCAACAUCAAAUAGCAUUAAUAGAUGUAAUACAGACUCCAUAAAUAGUCAAAUUGUAUCUACAAAGUUAAAACAAAGGACUGCUAUUAGUGAUAAAUAUGCCCCUUCCAUGGAAAGUUCGACUGAUACUGUAACGGAAGAUUUACAAAAUGGCGACAGCAGUCACACGCUGGUUCCCGUGGCAAGUGAUAGCAGUAAGAAAGUUUAUAAAGUAGCGUCAUUACAGUCCUUAUGUGAUAAAGUAACUAAAGAUACAAUAGAAAACACUAGCAGUAUUAGCACCAGUACGAGUGAUCUAUCAGAUUCACGUGUUUUAGAGAACGGUCUUUUGCUCAAUACAGGCGAUCCCUUACCAACUAGUCUAAAUCUGCGAUGUGUGUUGUCACAGAAUAGCCUGUGUAGGAAUUCCAAUGGAAUGUGUAAAGGUGUGAACGUAGAUACGAGUAUGACUCCGCCCCUUUACCCCACUCCAAUUAGUCCUCAGUCACGCAAUUCAACAUGUCCUCCAACACCAGGCACUGGUGAUGGUAAAUCCCUAGAAUCUACAGUCCCCAGACAUGGUUUAAGUCGCCAUCUUGAUAUUGAUGGUCUGACCAAGUUUAACGAUCCUGUACAGAAAGAAGUGAGCAAUAUGAAGUUGAAAUAUGAACAAGAGAUCACCAGACUGAACGAUCAUGUGAUUUACUUGAGCAGGCUGCUCUCCCAGCAUGCAUCAGCAUGCAAUGGUGACGUCUGCAAUUUAGAAUUUAAACAUGGAAAUGAGUCCCCAGGCAGUUGUGAUCUUCAGUCAAUACAGAGCAAUUACAGUAAUGCUGCCUCAGAUGCCAGCUGGGACCAAAUGGAUGACCCAGAAGUUAACGUCACACGCUGGGUACCAGAUCACAUGGUUACACAGUGUGCUGGCUGUGAAAUGCAAUUCACCGUGAUUAAACGAAAACAUCACUGCAGAAAUUGUGGUAAGAUAUUUUGCCACUCUUGCUGUAACGAAACGAUCCCUCUUCCACAUCAGAUGAUCAACACAAACGAGCGUGUAUGCCAGACAUGUUACAGUAAACUUACAAUGCUACUCACGAAAUCGGUUAUAGAAAUGGACAACGGGAUUGGGGAACUGAGUUCACUGGCGGCUGCAGCCUCCAACUAGGAAUAAAUUAAAUGGACUUGCUCUCAUAGUGGAAGUUACUCUUUGUGUACUUUGCAAGUGUUUUUGUUCAUUUGUUCAUUUCUCAUUCCAGGAGAUAAACUGUCUUUAAUAAAAGAACUAUAAAAAACACACUUAUAACUAGAAGUAUGUACAUAACUAGAAGUAUGUACUGCACGGCUUCAGACCUCUUGUAUCGUUCAAAAGUUGAGCAAAAGUCAAUAUGAUAAAAACACCCCUGAAAUUCAGUAUGUUCUAAUGGCUCAGAUUUCAAAUUUUUCUUAUGGAAACCAUUCAGCUGACCUACAAACAAUGAGUUUUGAGGCACGCCAUUGUUUAACAUGAUCCUUAGAAUGGGGCUGUGAGGGCAUGAAAAUUGCAGUUUUUAUGCUUACGUCUUUAAAGAUACCGUAUAACUGGUUAUUUCUGUGAGUGAAAAUAUUUGCGUUUUGUACAUGAAAAUGGGUAUACUAAUUUCCGCAAUUUAAAUUUCUGCGGAUUUCUGUAGAGUGGUUAAUUUAAUUUCUGUAUUUAUCCAUGGAGAGUUGCUUUAAUGUUUGGGACAUGGCUUUGUAUAGUGAGGUACAAGUUACCAGGUUUAAAAUUUAUUUCAUGCAUAAAAUACAGUUAAAACCUUUCUAACAAGGUAUUUCAGCAGAGCCAUUAAUUUACAAAUCUUGCUUGAAAUAUCGCAAACACCAAACUGGCUAAAAUUGAUUGUACACGAUAAACUGAUAAAUUCUUUUGUACUUUACUGCUAGUGUUACAAAUCUUUAUCAAUUAAAGUUAAGCAAGGGGCUACUAGCGGGAUACAUGUAUUGAUUAAGUAAUUUAAAGUACACAGGUAAAAAGAGACGACAAACUGGGCGAACCGAUAUACAAACUACGAAAUAUUUGCGAAUUUAAUUUUUGCGGCUGGAAGAGACCCGCAAAAUAUCGCAGAAAUUACCUACCCGCAAAAAUAACCAGUUAUACGGUAAGACAUUUUACUUUUUGUGUGUCAGCUCAUUUCUGUAUCCUACUUUGACUCUACAUUUUAGAGCUUUUGGCAAAAAAAGCAAAAACAUGUUUGAAAAAUUGUCCUACCUAAAAAAUGUUAGGGAACAUGUAGUUUUUUUUUUGUGUUGAGUUUGUUGAGCAGUAAUAUAGGCAUGAACACUUGCAAAAUGCAUCAGAGAUGGUGUUCCAUGUUGCCAUAAUCGAUGAAGUGCUUCAUAUCUGUUAGAAAAAUACACUUUGAACAGAAGAACAAUAGUAAAUUUGUUGUGUUAGCAUAAUGUCAGUGAAUAUCAGCAGACGAAUACCUGUGUAACAUUCUGUCAGUCAUUGUUUGUAGAAGAGAUGUUCAAGUUAUGGACAAGUACAGUCAGCAAUUUCCAUACAAUUACUUCACUCUUCUUAAAUAUUUUUAUAUUCUUUGUCAACAGACAUUGUAACAACUACAGAAUGAAGAAAUAGGAAACGAAAAAUAUGUAAUUAAAUGGAAAUUGCAAAUUGUUCUUACAGGUACAUUAACUUGAACAAGAAACUUUGUGGAACAGACUAAACAUUCAUGAUUAAAUUGGAGUAUUAAGUAGUUUUUUUUUUUCUUUACAAGGUAAAUAAAUCUGAAUUUGUUAUUGGAGUUGUUACCUAGGUUAAUAGGUACUGGAUAGACAAUCAUCUUGACCCAUGGUCAGUGUUCUCGAUCUGAAAUUUGCAGCUACCGACUUAAAAAGGAUACUUUAUUGUUAGCCUUUUUUUUCUUACAAUUGCACAUUUUUAUUUCAUGAAGGUUUGAGUGAAGCUGUUUCAUUGAAAAUCUUCAGUAAUACAAUAGCAUUACAGAUUGAAUGAUGAAUAAAAUAUGUGGGAUAUUUAAGUUGAAGUCUGAAGUUCAGACUAAAAAGUUCAUGAAUACCUGCCCUGGUAGGUUUCCUCCUUUCAAUUUUCCAAUGAAAAAAAAAUCAGUUUUCUAUUCAAACUAAGUAAGUUUGAUUAUUCAACAUUUUUUUUUUUAAGUAAACAGUUUUAAGACUGUGUUGUUGGUUUAAAAACACAAUCCAGUUGAGGUUGUUUUUUGUUAGCAAUUUAUUUAUGCACAAGUUGAUUUUUGUGAAUUUAAUGCUACAUUUUAUGUUUGUAAUUUCUUUACGUAAUCAAGGAGAGUGGAACUUAAAAAAAAUUGUUGAGUCUAAUACUUGCAAACAAGGAGUUGAAAUGGAUUUAUACUAUUGUUCCUAGUUUGAAGGUUCUUGAUAAAUACUUGAUUUCUAGGAACUUUAUCUUCUAACAAGUUUUUAAGUCACUCAACAAAUAGAGAAAUUGAGAUUAGAAUAACAAAUAUAUGUAAGGAAUCACUCAGCAUGCUAAUAAGCAUCAGCUAAAAAUUCUGUAGAAUUAAUGGAAUGGUUCCCUAAACGUACCUCUAAAAUUGUUUUACAAGUAUUUUGGAAAGUAGUGGUGUACUUUGUUAGAAUUUCAUUGGUUUUAAGACAAUUAACAGAAUAUGUAAAAAUGUUAAAUCACAAUCUUGUGAACAAUUCAUGAAAAAGAAAAUGCUGUUACAGAAUCUGUUAACCAGUAACUUUUGUUUGAUCUCUUUAUUUGUACUAUAUUUCUAAUGCAUCUACAAAAUAAUUGUACUAUUAAUUUGUUUAAUUUUGUUCAACAAUUUACAGAAUACUAUUUACAGUUUAUGUUCUUUCUUUUUUUUCAGCCUGUGAUUUUUUUUCUCAGUUUGUGUUUAUAUUAAAUUUUAGUUAACUUGUUUAUUUAUUCAAAUAUUGUGUAGCUCAGUCUCCAACAUAAAUUGUUAGAUUUAAUCGGAAGUUUUUCUAAUACAGUUAAAUAUAUAUAAUGGUGUAAUUAAGGCUUAAUCAUUAAUCACUUUUUGUUAACAUUAAUUAAUCAUUCUCUGAUACAUUAUAUAUUUCAAAUAGAAAAUUAACCAGUAGAAGUUGAAAAGUCGCCAUAUUACAAAUUGGUGUGAUGUUAAAACAGAAGAAACACUCAUUUCAUACACAGUUGUAAUUUGCAUAUUUUAACAGGUCUUACUAGAACUUUAAUUAUUUUAGACUUCUGAUACAAUUAUCUAAAGAUCUGGUGUCAUUGCAAAGUUGGCGGUUUUGGCCAUCCCUGGUUCAUGUGUAUUUAAUUCAGACUUAAGACAUUGAUUUAUUUUUGGAUGUUGUUUUUAUCUUUUGUGAACUUUAAAAACUGCAAAGAAGCCAGCAUUAGUUAUCUCACUUAUUUUCAGUAGCAAAACUAUCGCCUGAAAAUUAGCUAAAAUUUAUGUCUGCUAGGAGGUCAACAACUGUUUCGCAACUUCUUGCAGUAUGUUUUCAGAUGCUAGCAGUACUGUUUGCAACUCAAGGGUUGAAAGCGAAACAGUCAUAAGUGCUUUUUUAUCAAUAUGCUCUUAGACCAUUUUUGCUCUUACUCAUCGGAUGCUAACAGUACUGUUUUGCAACAAUGAAGCGUGAAAGAACAUUUACAUUGAACAAGCUUCAAGUGAAAUUAAUGAUGAUUAUCAAAAAUUAUUAUUUUAUAAAGUUUGAUUUUUUUUUCUCAAGUAAGUAAUUCAAAUUUUUGUUUGUGAAAAAAAUGGAACAAUUUCAUGAUUAUCGUUUGCAUCAUCAGGUCACAUGAUUAAUUGUAAUUUUGGGAACCAGUCAUCAUUGUACGAGGUGUCAUUUAGCGUCUUCAUGAUUGUAUGGACAUCAAGUCUGCCUGCACUCUGUUCUCUAUGGUAACUGUGCUUCUAUAUGGUGAUAUAUGUGAAAAUUACUCAAAUAAAUCAUAUUGAGCUUG